AUGCCACCCAAAAAGAAAACCGCAGUAAAGCGUAAAGCGGCAUCCGAGUCACCAUCGGACAAUGAAGCGUCUGCUUCAAAGAAGGCUAAAGUAUCGAAAGACUCGUCAGAGCCUACUAUUGCCGCCAACGGCCAGCCUACUAACAAAGUACUACCAGUCAACAUCAACUUUCCACCUCAGAUAGCAGGCACGGUUCGCCUGUCAACGUGGAAUAUUUGUUCACUUGCAUCGGCUUCUAAAAAGGGAUUUAAAUCCUAUGUCGAAGCGGAGGAUCCAGACAUUCUCGUGCUAACAGAGACCAAGGUGAACGAAGUUCCAGUAGACCCGUUCUUAACGUCUCGAUUUCCUCAUUGUACUUGGGCUAUAUCUUCCAAGAAGUCAUACUCAGGAACAGCCGUGCUCUCCAAACAUAAGCCUCUAUCUGUGGAUACUAAACUUCCGGGACAUCCAGACCCAAGUAGUGUCAAAGGUCGUAUCGUCACCGUGGAAUUUCCUGGUUGUUACAUUGUAGCUACAUACGCGACGAAUGCUGGUCAGGGGCUCAAGACUCUGAAGGAGAAGAACACAUGGAACGAGCACUUCACCACGCAUAUACGUGAUCUAGACACGAAGAAACCCGUCAUAUGGAUGGGUGACCUCAAUGUCGCACCGACCGCAAUAGAUUUUGACCCAGUGUAUCUUACAUUUUCACAUUCAGACUUGGCAAAUCCAAAGUCAAAUUGGAACAAGACACCUGGUUAUACAAAGGAUGAAACGGAAGCGUUUCAAAAUAUUCUCGAUCCUCCUGAAUCUGCUGCUGGAGCUGGCAAAUUUGUUGAUGUCUGGAGGCAGAAUCAUCCAGAAGACAAACACUACACAUAUUUUUCGUACCGUUUUGAUUGCCGGACCAAAGGCCUUGGGUGGAGAUUGGAUAUGUUUGUGGUGAGCGAGCGACUAGUGGAAAAGGUCAAGAUGUGCGAGAUCAGAAGUGAGAUCUAUGGCGCAUCAGACCAUGUACCAGUGGUGAUGGAAAUAGAGAGCAGUAUCGUCACGGGAAGCUAAAUUCGGCAGCACUCGCGAUAUGUGCAUAUUUCUUUCCUUUCGCGCGUCAUCGUUCUUAAUGAAAUACAUACAACAUAAGGAUGAUGAUAUGAACGGGCCAAGAAUCGAUAUCAUUCAUACUCUCCGAAUCGAACAUGCCCCGUUUCCUGGGCAUGCAUUCUCGCGUCCUUCUCACCCUUCAGUCCCUUGCCACAGUCCUGUGCAUAUUCAAUUAUCUGUUAUGCAGAUCAUUCGAUGAAAUUGCCUGCUUACUUCACAUUUGAGAUCAAACGUUGAAGUGUUGGUAUACGCUUUCUUUCCCCGUAGGAUAGUAGCUAAUUGUUUAGCAGCUGACAGAAUUGGA